AUGGCGGUUUCAAUUUUUCUCGAACACACGGACGAAGGGUGAGCGGGGAGGGCACAAGGUUUACACGGGAUCAUACGGGAGGACGAGGAUCGUCUACGAUGCCGACGGGCCCCGCUUGCGCACGUCUUACCUGUUGAUAAUCGACUUUCGAGCCUCGGGCGCGAGGGAACGGCGAUUCGGAGCGACGGACGCCGCGCGGCGUAUCCUUCGGUGAGUCACGUGCGCGAUUCGACGUCGCUCGCUCGCUCGCUCGCGGCGGCGGCGUGCGUUUUUCAUACGGAGCACCGGAGCGCGCGCGGUGCCCGUGGUGUCGUGUCGAGUACACGCGCACCCGCGAUCCGCGUGCCUUCAUGAUCGGGAAACGUGCGUUGUCACUCGCGCUCGCACGUACCACCACGUGCCGCACUCGUACCCGCGAUGCCACCCGUCCGCACGCGCCGAUUCUAGAGCCAGCUUUUGCCAGCGACCAACCGGGGAUCAUCCGGCGACCGUUCCGCGCCGGCAUCCACGAGGACGAUUGAAGAUGUAAACGGCACACUCGGCGACGUUCACCCGUGGAACUGAGAGCCUGCCCCUCCUCCUCCCCCCCUCCCCCGACCCCUUGGUACUUUCUUUUGCGAAACGGCGUAGGGAAUCAUCCGUUUGAGGACAGAGGAUGGCGGUGUCGACGGUGACGGCGGUGACGGCGGUGCGCAUCACCCUGGAAUGCGGGCACACGUCGAUGUUACGUAUGCGCACCACUCCUGAGGGAUACACUCACGAUUGGGAGGUGUUCCUGCGUGGAGUGGACAAUACGGACAUACAUCAUUACAUCGAGAAAGUGGUGUUCACUUUACACGACACGUUCCGGAAUCCUAAGAGGGUGUUCAAAGAGCCACCGUUCAUAGUGAAAGAAUCCGGCUACGCGGGCUUUCUAAUACCGAUCGACAUUUACCUGAGGAAUAAAGAGCCUGACAUCAAGAAGUUUCAAAUAUUGUACGAUCUGCAUCUACAGCAGAGCGGCCCGCCUAUUAACAAGGCCAUACGUCACGUAGAAGUAUUCACUAAUCCUUCUGACGACUUCAAGAAGAAGCUAUUGAAAGGCGGAGCUGUUGUAGUAGCCAGUAGAGACAGUUCACUGGAGAAAAGUGAUACAAAAGCGUCCACGAUGGUUGGCAAGCCGAAAUUAAAUGGCAGCGAAAGCAAGAAACAUCGCGUCACCGAGUCUAAGACUUCUAAUUCGUUUCACGAGUUAUUUGGCACUCCCAUAAAGACAGCGUCCGUGAAGAUAUCACCGGAUAGCAAAAAGGCGAGUCAGUCUGAUAAAAAUUUAGUUCCUAAACCUAUAGCUGUUGCCGAAAAAUCUGACAAAGCGGAAAAAGCAGCAAUUAAAUUGAAGGAAAGUCCUCAUAAAGAUAGUAAGAAAGACAAAAUAGACGAGAAGAAAGAUAAAAAGGUUAGAGAUAGUACUAAGGAUCAACUCAGGAGUAAAGAGAAAUCUAAGAGACCCCCUAGUCCUGGAAAUAAAAGUCAUUUGAGUCCUGGGAGCAAGAGAUCAGCGUCACCUGUCGUUACCAAGAAGCCGUUAAGUCCAUUGCCCCCUAUAAAACGACCUGUAUCUCCUAAAUCAAAGGAAAAAGAAGCAAAAAAAAUUGUACUAGAAAAGGAGAAAGAUAGCAAAGAAAAGGAGAAGGUAAAAAAUAACUCGAAAAGUGACGUGGAUUCUUCAAAAUCUGAAAAGAAGAAAGACAAGAAGAAACACAAGGACGACAGGGACAAAGAGAGGAGGGAUAAAUAUAAAGAAUCAGAAAAAGCUAAUGUUAAAGAUGUCGCGAAGAUAAUCGAGAAAAAACUGGAGAAAACCGAUAAAGCAGAGAAAUCAGACAAGGAGAAGCUUCAAGAGUACAAAUCAAAAGACAGUAGAAAAUCGCCGAAACCUGGGAAAGAAAAUGAUAAAGUGAAGGAUGACAAAGCGGUGAAAGAGAAGUCAGAGAAGAGCGAGAAGUCGGAGAAAGUAAAGGACGGCAAAUAUGAUAAGGAUCGGCCGAAGCAUAAACAUAAAAAGAGAGAGAAAAAGGAUAAACGAGACAGCAAGGACCGUGAGAAGAAAGAGAAGCGUGAUAGAAGUAAGGAUGAGAAUGAAAAACAGAACAAUACGUCGUCAUUAGUCGGAAACCCAUUGUCGUCCCUUUUGACGGAGAUCCCGGAAAGAGAUAGUAGCGAUUCAGCACCUUCGGUAGACGAUGAUUCGUUACCUGAAAGCAAAUCUAUGCUUAACGCCAAAAAGGACACGGAGCACGCCGUGAUAUCCACUAUGCCAGCGGAAACAGCAAAGCCGCCGUCUCCUGGUAUAUCGGUGGAGAUGAAGAAGGAGAAGAGUGACCGUAGCAGAAGAGACAAAUCCAAAGGAAGCCGAGGCGAGGAGAGAGAAAAUCGGAAAAGGAAGAAGAGUAAGGAGGACGACGAAGGCGCAGCGAAACGUGAAAAGAGCAGGGGCCAAUCGACUUCUCCACCUUUGGAGCCGGUUUCGUCGAGUCAAUCUCCAGUCGCGAUGGACGUUGAUUCCAUUCAUCAUCCGGAAAAGGAGACGAAGAAGGACUUUAGGAAGGAGAAGGACGGUCAUGUUGUCAAUAUGGCUGACAACGCGUUAAACGACAAGGACGCUGAUCCCGAACAAGCGGUCCCAGACUCUACAAAUAGCACAGAUGCGGAGAUCAACGAGCCGCCGGUGUUUUCCGAGGAUUAUGUAUCGCAACUGAAGGAUUUGCAACAAAAGAUAAUGACAUUACAAGAUAACGACGAGCUGCAAAGAGUCGUACAAGUAAUUGCAGAAACUGGUCAGUACGAAAUCACUAAGAAGACAUUUGAUUUUGAUCUGUGUGCAUUGGAUCGUAGAACUGUGCAACGUCUUCAACAGUUUUUCUCUGCAUCGUGACCAUCUGUAAUAUAAGGCAUGAGACAUAUUAAUUUAUACAAGUGUACUUGUAAGAUCAUACGUUAAGUCACACGAUCUUACGGCAGACUUUUUAAUGAUAAAAAAAAAGUAGUAAUACAUGAGACCCCAGAAGAAUUUUUCAGUACAGUUUUUCAGUUUAAUCGUAUCGUUGCAAUAACUUAUGCAAAUUAGAGAUGCACCAUUUGCAGUAAUUUGUGCAGGUUGAAGACUCAUGUGAUAGUAAGUAUAAUGUGUAAAAUAUAAAAUAUUUUUUUAGUUCUUUUUCACAAUUCGUAAAAAAAAAGUCAGCAAUUGCUAGCAUAUUGACCAAAUUUGGCAAAUUUUGCUAAGAAAAUACGAUAGCAAAGGUCAAGUAGAAUCUGUAACAUAGUCCAGUGCAGAUUAGUGAUAGAAAAUCGAAUAAAAUCUGCUAAAUGUAUUCUAAACAGAUUGGCAGCAGAUUGAUCAAACUAAAUUAGAUUGGUAGAAAUCGAGCAGAAUCUAUCGCUAAUUUGCCUUCAUACUACGUUUAAUAGAUUCUGUUUGAUUUUUACUGCUAAUACACCAAUAUGCUUCUGUCAAGCUUCUCUUUCUUCUUCUUGUCUUUACCCUCGCUUAUCUUUUGCAUCUUUUUUUUUGUUCAUAUUUAGGUCGAUCAUUCUUUAUUUCUCAGAUUUCUUUUUUUU